AUUAAAAGAAAAACAAGAACAAGCUCAAGUGGUUGAAUUUUCGUUCGUCGCAAGUGUUGUUAAAAAAUUUGUAUUCGUGUUUAUUUAUUUACAAAUUCUCGUAUUCAUAUCCCAUUCAAAACUCAAAAACAAUUAAAAUAAUGCACAUAAAGUGUUUUCGAAAAAUAAAAACUUGUUUUUAAUUUUAAUUAAUGAGCAUCUAUAGAUUAACUUUGAAAAUAUAAAAUGACAUCACCAUCCCCGAACUUUUUGAGUACCAUCGUCUUCCAUAUGAUGUGAAAAAACUGAACUUUCAAACAAAAGACCAUUUCGAAAUCUUGCAAAUUGAAGCACAACAAUGCUUCUGAUAAGAAAAUUGAUAUAAAAAUACAAAAAUCAAAUAAUGAUAGAAAACCAUAGCUUGAACAACAAUGAGCCAUUGCCAUCGUCAUCAUCAACACCAACAGCUGAGAAUCAGAGUCAAUCACAAAAUGGAAUUGGCGCUGGGUCGGAGCGCCAGAAUUCGAGGCGCGAAUCGGUCUCGUCACAAAUCUCCUCAAGCACAACAUCACCGCAGUACGAUUCAGGUAAUAUAAGUGAUUUGAACUUGAAUUUCUGUCCAGCAUCCCCAAGUUCGGCCGAUGACGAUUCCAUUUCGAGUGAUAGUUUGCAACAGAAUAAAAUCAAUUUCCUGCUGCGAGAGAAGGAUCAGUCGCUGUUCCUGGCAUUGCAAGAUGUACGCAAACUCAAAAGCGAACUUGAGCGGCUGAGUAAGUCGGAGAAAUGGUACAAAAGUGAGCUGAAAUUGCAGAGAAAUUCGAAGCUUGAAGUUCUCGAGAAAUUAUACACGAACGAGAGAAAGUUCACGCAGGACAAUCAAAAUCUACAAAAUGAACGGAUUGCCUUGCACGCCCGCUGCAGUGAGCUGGAGAAGCAACUCCAAUUAGAGAAAGAUUCGGCUGUAAAACUAUUAAAACAAAGUAAUUCUCGAGCGACGACGACGACGUCGACGGAAGACGAUCCAAAAGAUUUCGUAUUGGAACAACAUCGUCAAAGACUCGCCGACCAAGACCAACUCAUUGAUAUACUUCGGAAUCAAAAACGAAGCUUGUUGAAUGAUUUGCAAAAACUUGGCUGUGAACGGGAUGAGAUUGCUUUGCAGAUGCAGAAGAAUAUCGCUCAGUUGGAAGAUGAGAAUCGGACAAUAACCAAAAGAUGUUUGCAACUGGUUGAGUCUAAAAUUGCUUUGACGGACGAAAUUGCAAGUAAAGAGUCUGAUUGGAAGGGCAUGAGUAAUGAGGUAUUGGAUUUGCAGAUAGUCGUGCGGAAACUCCAGGAUAAACUACACUCACAUAUUGCUGAACUCAACAACAAAGAUCAGGAAAUAAAUUCGCUAAGAAAUGAGUUAUCCCAAAACCAAAAUGCCGACUCCGGUCUUCAAAUAAAACAUCAAAAAGAAUUAUUUGAAAAAGAGCAAAUGAUCCAAGAACUUAACGAAACAAUAAGUUCGUUAAAAUCAGAAAUAAACGACUUUCAAAUCGUGCAAAAACGUUACAAUGACCAAUUGUAUGAAAUUGAGCAACUUCGAACAAAACUACAACAACAAAAGUCUCAAAUUGAAAAAUUCGAAAGUUCACAAGAAUUAAAACAAAUUCCCACUCGCACUCCAAGUGAAUCACCGAAGGAGCCUCAAUCAGAACAAACUUUUGUCACAAACAUCAUCUCCAACGAGGAGAUUGAAAAAAUUCUAAAUGAAAACAAAGAAUUACAAAGUCAAUUGAAUUCUUUAAAAUCUAGUCAAAGCUUAGAGCAAAUAAGUUUAAGAAAAACUAAAGCAGAGAUUCAACAAAUUUCCGAAAAAUAUCAAAAUAUAUGUAAGUUAUAUGAAACAGCUAAAUUCGAGUUGGAUAUGAAAGAGAUUACUGUUGAAAAGCUACAAUUUGAAAAAGACAAAGAUACUCGUGAGAUAAAAUCGUUGCGACAAAAAUUAUUGGAAAUUUCUUCUCAACUUGAUUGUCAACGAACUCUGGGAAGUGAAUUUGAAUUUCUGCUUUCGAAAACUCAACAGGAAAUGAAUCGACUGAAAGUUGAAAAUCAGUGCAAUAUCGAUAAAAUCCAAAAACUCAAAGUUGAAACAAACCAAAGUGGCGAGAAACUUAACGAAAAAGACUUACAAAUUGAGGAUUUGAAAGCAAAACUUCUGGCUGAGAAGGAAUUGAAUGCUAAGCUUAUUUCAAGUAAUACAGCUAAGGUCGUGCAGGAGGAAGAAAUAUGCCAAAAUAGAGUAAAACUUAUGGAAAAAUUGAUGUCCCUUCAAGCGGAUAAAGUUGAGCAAUUAAAUGCCGAACAACAGGAAUGGGAGAAUUUGCUCACGGCCAUUGAUAGGCCAAAAAUAUUCGAUGUGCCAUGCAGUGAAUUCGAUGAUCUUAAUGAGCUCUUCGAAGAACAAAAUAUUGAACUUAUUCAAUUGAAUGAAGAUUACCACCGACAGAGUGAAAGUCUCAAAAAAGCCUUCAACCUUGCACAAAAAGAGAACGAAAUCUUAAAGGAAACACUCAAAACGACCAACUCGAAAAUAAGUGAUUUGGAGAGCCAGAUUGAAGCCAUAGAAAAUGCCAAUGCUGAUUAUCAGAAAGAAAUAGCACAUCUUGCUGGAACAAAUGAGCGUCUCAUACAAGAAUUCAAUGAAGAUUUCUCCCGCGAGCGAGAAAGCCAUAAGAAACAAUUGAAACAACUCCAAUCGGAGGCUAAGACGCGCAACGAAGAAAGUGAUGAUAUGAUUCAAAAGUUGCAAAUUGAGAUUGAUCAAUUGAAAUCUUCACAAAAACUCCACAAAACCGAACAAGAACGAAUUUUGCAAAAUGUCCUGGAAAAAGAACAUCAACGAAAAUUGAUUCGUUAUGAUUUGCACAUAAGAACGCUUUUGUCGAAUGUUAAAGGUUAUAAGAAAAACUUGGAGAUUGUCGAAAAUCGUUAUGAUGCUUUGCGAACAAAAUCAAAAGAUAUGGUCGAAGUUGAGCAGUUACGAGCGAUGGAAUCUGCUUUGCAGGAUAUGCGGACGCAGUUUGAGAAUAGUCAGAGAGAGAUUGAUAACUUGAAGCACCAACUUAAAACUAUGAAUGAACAGUUUUAUGUUUCGGAUGCAAGUAAAAGUAAUAAUACGAUGGUUUUGACUAAUCUUAUGGACGAUUACAAGAAGCUAAUCCAACAGUCACAGAUAUCAACAAAACGACCCUCAACUUCGGAUAUAUACAAAUUGAUAAACAAAAGCAACAAUUUCGUGCCAAAACUAACAAAUAUAUCAACGGCUGUCGAUAAAUUGCGAGAAGAUGUACAACAAAUUUGUACCGUGAUAAAUGUAACAUCUUCUGGACGUACAGAGAGCCCUCAAUUAAAAUUGUCACUUAUGGAUGAGCUCAAAUUAGCUGACAAUAAAUAAUAUAGUAUAGUGCUCAAAAACUACAAAGAACUAUUUAACAAAAAGAAAAAAAAACAGUAUACAUCUUAACCAAAACACAAGCAACAAUAUUAAUAACAUUGUAAAUAAUUUUUUGUGUGUGAUUUAUUUAUUUAUAUAUGUUUAACUUUAUUUGUUGACUAAACAAAACAACUUUUAAAAAACAAAACCCAAACACAGCAAAUAUGUAUAAAGAAGUAGAUAUGUAUAACUUUAAAGUCUCUUAGAUAAUUCUAGUAAUAUUUUAUUUUCUUCUUCUUCUUUUUUGGGUAAUAAACAAAUGCCACAAACGGAAAAUUAA